AUGAGAAUCUUGAGUCUUCCUGAGAUGGGUCCUGAGGGCACCUUACCAUCACAAAUUGGAGAUCUUGGAGAAAUUCCAACUUGGAUUGGAAGCUUGUUUAUGCUUCAACUCUUGAGUCUUGGCAAUAAUAGUUUUGGAGGUCUCAUUCCUCCAAGCACAUGCAAUUUGUUUAAGUUGGAGACCUUGGAUUUGAAGUCUAAUUCUAUCAACGGAUCUAUUCUGUUGGAUAUUGGAAGACUUCAACACCUGAAAGUUUUAUGCAUUUCUAGAAACAUGCUUUCAGGAAGUAUACCUCCAACUAUCUCUAACUUAUCAUCUCUUGAACACAUUUCUUUGUCUCUCAACUUCUUAGAAGGAAAUAUUCAGAAUGAAAUAAGCACAAAUUUGAGUUGCAUUUACGUAAGUGCUAAUCAGUUGUCUGGUCAUAUAUCAAGAGGCAUUGGCAAGUUCACUCGGCUUCAAGACUUAUUUCUGGACAACAAUAACCUAGAAGGAAAUAUUCCCAAUGAAAUUUUAAGUCUUGCAAAUCUGAUGAUGAUGAACCUAAGGGUUAAUCAGCUAUCUGGCCCCAUAUAA